AUGACCUCCAAUCCGGGUAAAAAAUACAUCCACCUCCCCGAAACAACCCCUCACCUCGCCACAAUCCUCAGCUAUCCCUCCCGCCCUUCCACCUUUCCACGCCUCUAUCCACAAACCUGCAACGAGAUAAUCGAUCUCGCCUCCACAAUCUCCGCCUUCGAACCCGUCCGCCUGCACGCCCGCCCAGAAGACAUCCCCGCUGCCACGGCCCUGCUCUCCACUCGCCUCCCGCGUAUCCCCGGCGCCGUCAAAGAGCGGAUCUCGCUCGUCCCAGCGCCCACGAACCACAUCUGGGUCCGGGAUACGGGGCCCGUGUACGUGCGGGAUGCAGAGGAUGUAUCGCGGCGGGCGGCGGUGGAUUUCCGGUUCUGCGAGUGGGGGCAGAAGUACCAAGAGGCGAUCUAUAAUAGCACGGAGGAUAAGGUGGGCGCGGGGCUGGGAGGGGACGAUUGGCCCGUCCUUGAUGCGGAGCGGCGGAGGGAGAAUACGGAGUUUGCGGCGAAAGUGCUGGAGCUGGAGGGGGCGGGGGUGGAGAGGGUUGAGUCGAGGGUGAGGUUGGAAGGAGGGGGGAUUGAUAUGGACGGGGAAGGGACGCUUAUGGCUGCGGAGAGCAGCGUGCUGGUUGAUUCAAGGAAUGAGGGGAUGAGUCGGGAGGCGGUGGAAGAGGAAUUGAGGAGGUUACUUGGGGUUGAGAGGUUCAUCUGGGUUCCAGGGCGGGAGGGACUGGAUAUCACGGACUGUCAUAUUGAUGCCGAGGCACGGUUUGUCCGGCCUGGUGUUGUGGUCGUCUGUAAACCGCAUGUGGAUUGUGAGGCGGUUUUCUGGGAUAUCUAUAGGGAGAUCCGGGCGGUGCUGGAUCAGGCGACGGAUGCGCGUGGGAGGAGGCUGCAGGUGUUCGAUGUGGAGGAGCCGGAUCCGAAGCUUGUCAAGGGCGACGUGCCAGGUGAAGAGGACAUGCCUGCGGCUUCGUACGUCAACUUCUACUUCACGAAUGGAGGGCUGGUGAUGCCGGCGUUUGGGGAUGCGGAGGCGGAUCGCAAGGCGUUCGAGCUGAUGCAGAAGCUGCUGCCAGAGCGAGAGGUGCGCCAGGUGGCCGUCAACGCGCUGCCGAGAACGGGAGGUGUUUUACAUUGUACGACCCAACAGGUCCUGUAA